AAAUCCUUUCUGUUAGCUGUAGAGAUGCCAACAAGAAGGGACCCAUCAGUCUCUGUUACCCACAGUUGGUCCACCACUUAUUUGAUUGUCACAGCCCACACAAAGAACCAACAUGAAUGAAGAAAUAUUAGCAGAAGAGACCAAUGCAGUACAUCCUGCAUCCAGCAUGCCCAUACUGGUUCCUGUUGCAUGCAUCUGUAUCUGUUAAUGUGAAAUGUUUCCAUGACUGCAGCUUUGCUUCUUUAACAUUUAUAGAAGUCAGAGAUGCAGAGAGGCGCUGAGUGUCCCAUAACAUGCAUGACUUAAACUGUUGGAUUUAACAGAAAGAGCGUCAGAUGUCGUUGGUCAGCCUGUAUGUGGUGUAGCAUGCAAACACAGUGUGCACCGGCUGCAGACCUGAUGAGAAGGAUAAAUGUUUGAGAACGAAUCAUUUCAGGACCUAUAAACUUUGAAAAGGUUUGACACUGAAGAAUGGAGAAUAUCGUCGUCAGCAACACCUCAGGGAACCAAAGCGUCAAUCAGAGCAUCUCCAACCACAGUGAAGCAUUUAACAAUAAUAACGGUUAUGAUGAUGAAUUCACAAAGCUUGUUUUUCAAUAUGUGGAUGUGGUGGAUUGGAUCACUAUCUGUGUUGGGCUUCCAUUGACUCUAGUGACGAUGUUUGCUGUUUUAUCAAUGGUGAAGAAAGAUCAUGUUGCUCCAGUUUACAUCCUCAACCUUCUGAUCUCGGAUCUCAUCCAGCUCUGCAGCAGAAUUCCUCUGAUGUUACAUGAAGGUCCUAAUGUCUCCUUUCUCUUUGCUUUCCGGUUUGGCUUGAUAACCAGUGUUGGAUUCAUGAUGUGUGUUUCCCUGGAAAGGUAUCUGAUGGUUGCCAAGCCGCUGUGGUACAGAUUGAGAAAAAACAUCAAGACAUCUGUGUUGGUCUGCGUUGCAGUCUGGAUCCUUUCUGUUAUUUUUAUCUUGAGCGUUUAUCUUCCCCUGGAACUAAAGACCAGUGGAACCAUAUUGGGUGUGUUUCUCCUCCUCCCUCUUCCCUUGUUCAUCUUCUGCCUGGUUGGGACCAUUAAAGCUCUGUCUGAAACUCGCAGUGUCGCUGCUGAUGAGAAACAUCGAAUCUUUUCAGUCCUGGUUGUGGUGUUGCUUACAUAUAUUCUACUUUUUCUGCCUGUUGUAUUAUGUUUAGUUUUGGAGGAAGUUAAGAAAAAUUUAAUUUUUGAAGCUGUGGCUACAGUUUGUCAAUGUCUAAAUCCUCUUGCAGACUCUGCUUUGUAUAUUUUUCUGAGGAAAAGUGAAGUUGAUAAGAUUUUAGCUUCACUGUGUUCCUGUAAAAUGUCUGAGAAUCAGAAGAUCAGCAGCAUUGAUGAUGAUAACAUGUCUGCUCUGCACACUACAGCUGUUUAGGUGCCACAGAUGGAUAAAUAUCUUUACAUCUUACUUUCUCUGACUAUUGUUCUGGAUUUCUUGCAAAAGAGAUUGAUUUCAUUUGAAUGAUAUUGAAUUCUUCAUGAUUCUUUUAUUGUCCUUUGAAAAUUAAAACACAACAACUGAAGAAAUUAUCCCUGUAUUUCAGGGAUUGAGUACCUAAAUGUUCUUACUGUUGCCACUUUUAUGCAGUUUUUCAAAAAAUCUGUUUAAGAUUAAAAGAGUUGAAAAUUGAAUUCUGUUUAUAGCAACUUCUGUAUCUGAGACAUAUUUAAAAUAAACUUUCAUAGACUGUU